AUGUCCGUCACCAUCUGCCAGUCCAUGGGCUUCGUGGUGUCUGCCCUGGGCAUCGGGGGCAUCAUCGCAUCCACCUGCAUGGACCAGUGGAGCACCCAGGACCUGUACAACAACCCGGUGACCGCCGUGUUCAACUACCAGGGCCUGUGGCGCACGUGCGUGCGGGAGAGCUCCGGAUUCACGGAAUGCCGAGGGUACUUCACCAUCCUGGGGCUGCCAGCCAUGUUCCAGGCUGUGAGGGCACUCAUGAUCGUGGGCAUCGUCCUGGGCAUCCUCGGCCUCCUCGUCUGCAUCUUUGCCCUCAAGUGCAUCCGCAUCGGGACCAUGGAGGACUCUGCAAAAGCCAACAUGACUCUGACCUCUGGCAUCAUGUUCAUUGUUGCUGGCCUGUGUGCCAUCACCGGCGUGUCCGUGUUUGCCAACAUGCUGGUCACAAACUUCUGGAUGUCCACCACCAACAUGUUCCAGGGGAUGCAGAACGUCCAGAACAGGUACACCUUUGGCUCAGCCCUCUUCGUGGGGUGGGUGGCCGGCGGCCUGGCCCUCGUGGGGGGCAUCAUGAUGUGCCUGGCUUGCAGAGGGCUCAUUCCAGAGGAAUCCCGGUACAAAGCCGUGUCCUACAACGCGUCAGGACCGAACAUCUCCUACAGAACAGGGCCCUACAAGGGCUAUGAGCCCGACCCAAAGACCAGGAAGGGCCCAGGCUAUGAAGAAGCUCCUCGGAGUGAGGAGGGAAGACGCUCCUACCCUUCCAAACACGACUAUGUCUAGCAGACCUUCUGGGCUCAGCUUGUGCUCUCUCGUGUAUUUGUAACUUCAGAAGCAAAAAGUGCAGCAACCAAAGCAGUCUGUGAACAGGAUUGUGUUUUCUGUCGUGUUUUCUACUCUGAGGUUGCAUCCCGGACAUCAGUUUUAUUGGACUGCCUGCCACGAGGAGGUCUGUAACAAAACACUGCCUUCUGGUGCUCUCAGAGUAGAACAUUUUGCUCCUGUUUUAUGUAUAAACUGAUAUCCAGGAGCGGUGCCUUGUGCCCUUUCCCAGUUAUUCCAAUAGUGAAAAUUCCCCUUUAAUAAUAGCUGUGUAUUUGAAGUAAAUUCAGCCGUGUCCCUUUGGAUGUACCCAAUGCAAACAGACCCCACAGUCAUGGAAUUCUCCUCCCUGCUGACUGUUCCUGCUCAGUCACACCUUUGCUUUGCUGGUUGUACUGAUCUGCUGGGAGAUUUAAUCUGAUUUAUGUUCCUUAGACGUUUGCUGUAACCCGUGAUACCAAAGGGUAUUUAUUUCUUCUGAUCUCUCCAGGGAAUAUGAAUAAUCCAUUGUUAUUCCUACAACAGAUCUUUGCUGUAACAGCUCCAAACCUCUGUGUGUGACCAGUGUUCCUGCAGAUGUCAUCUUUAA